CAGGGCAGAGGGUUCCCAUUUGGGUCGAGAACCGCCGCAUAAGGGAAACCGGUUACAUCACAGCGCCGUCGUUGCUGCGACUCCUCCACCCCCCAUUGACCCUCCAUCUUCGCUCUGAAUUCUCUUCCUCAUAGGAGCACCUGUAGUAAUUACACGACGCAUCAUGAGCUCCGAGAAUCCCAAGCCCGCAGUGGUCUGCGUGUUCUGCGGCUCCGUCUCCGGUACCAACCCCCGCCACAUGGAAGCCGCACGGGCCCUAGCCCACGAAUUCCACCAGAACAACAUCCACCUAGUCUACGGCGGCGGCACCGCCGGCCUCAUGGGCGAAAUCGCCCGCCGACUCGUCCAACUCUCCGGCCCACAAGCCGUGCACGGAAUCAUCCCCCGUGCCUUAGUAAAGACCGAACCGGGCUAUGACAACGCGCAGGAACAUCCCCCGACCUCAAUCCCAACCUCAAUCUCGACCUCGACGUCAGAAACAGGCAUCCAGCAAGCCCGCGCCGGCAAAGACGCGGAACGUAUCGUCCCCAACACCAGCAACAACACGAAGAGUAACGGGACGGGUCAAUUCACGGAAUCCGAGUACGGGACGACGACCAUCGUAGCGGAUAUGCAUACGCGGAAGCGGUUGAUGGCGGAGAAGGUGCAGGAGGGGGGACCCGGGUCUGGGUUUGUGGCGCUGGCCGGGGGGUUCGGGACGAUUGAGGAGGUGAUGGAGAUGACGACGUGGAAUCAGCUUGGGAUUCAUGGGGCCGGGGUGGUGGUGGUGAAUGUGGAUGGGUAUUGGGAUGGGGUGUUGGAGUGGGUGAGGAAGGCGGUGCAGGAGGGGUAUAUUGGGGAGGAGAAUGGGAGGAUUUUGGUCGAGGUUAAGGAUGUGAAGGAGGUGUGGCCUCGGUUGAGGGGGUAUCGGGUGAGUAAUGGGAGGAUGAGGUUGAAUUGGGGGG